AUGAGAAUGGGAUGGACUGUGCCACAUAGGACUCACCCUUUUUGUUAUUUUUCUGUCCUAGAUAUUGCUGUGGAGCUGCUGCAGAAAGUGGCUCCCAGUCCUAUCCGCAGACUCCAGAAGAAAUAUGUGUCUCAUGUGUCUCGGGAAGCUUGUAUCUCACCCUGCUCCAUGAUGCUGGCGCUUGUUUAUAUUGAGAGACUCCGGCACCGGAACCCUGAAUACCUCCAGCAAAUCUCAUCUUCAGACCUCUUCUUGAUCUCCAUGAUGGUUGCAAGUAAGUACCUGUAUGAUGAGGGUGAGGAGGAAGAGGUAUUCAAUGACGAGUGGGGAGCAGCAGGGAAAGUGGAUGUCCAGACCAUGAACACGCUGGAGAUGAACUUCCUGAGUGCCAUUGACUGGAGUCUCUACACAGACCCCCGGGAGCUGUUUGAAGUGCUGAGCUGGCUGGAAGGACGCGUGGCAGAGAAGCAGGGCAUGUGGCGCGGAUGGUUCACCUACACGGAUCUGUGUGUCCUCAUGGAGCAGUCCAUGUGGCAGCAAGCACUGGGCCAGUUCUACCAGCAAAUAGUGAAGCUGGCCUGCCUCCUGGGUGUGGUGUACCUGACCGGCUUUGCAGCUGUCUUCACUUCCAUCGCCGUUGUGCACCGGGCUGUGUGCAUGAGGAGCACCAGCAGUACAGCCAUCCGUUCUGCACUAAUCCCUGUGGAGAGUGGCUGCCAGCUGAAUGCUCAGCCAGCUCUGGCUCCUGAGCAGCCCCAGCCCAAACUGCCUGAUGUCUCCUCACUCGGCAGCACUCAUUGCUUAGGGGAGAACGAGACGGCUGAGGAGCCACAUCGUGGGGAUGUCACAGCGACUGCGCUCUACCUGUGGCACAGUGUGAUGACAGCUCUGUCCUAUGUAAAGGCACCUGACAUAACCCUGCGCAAGAGCCCUCUACAAGCUCCCCUUCGGAAAGUACCCACUGCCUGUGAGAGAUUGAAUCGAACUGCUCCUGUCACAGCCCCCAACCAGCCUGGCCCCUUUGGACUUGCUGUGCUCCUGGCCCCUCCGACGCUCCACUGCCAUGCCUGCUCAGCUGCUGCCAGGUCCACGUGGGGUGCGUCCCCCAACCACAAGGACUGGCUAGACCCCCUGGGGCUGAGGCAGUGCUUUUUGCACACAGCCCUGGAUCUUGGCAGAAUCAAGAACUUUAUUUUUCCCAGCUAGGAGCAGAGGACAGCGCCUUUCCCCUUCCCUCCUAGUGUGGCACAACUCACUUCCUUGCACUUCUGGGACCUCUGAUCCCUGGGGCAGUGCAGGGCUUAUGACCUUGCAUUACUUCCAAACCAGCAUUUGUGUCCCCCACCCACUCAGGGCAGGGGUGUUCUUCACUUUGGGUGCUGCAAAGCAUUGGGGCUGCUGGGACAGGAUAGGGCAAGUUUCGUUAGCUGGAGAGUAGAAGUGGCAUGUUGUUUGCUUGGGAUACUAGGCUAAAGGGGAGUGUUGUACCACUUCCAGCAGCAGAUGAGUGGCCUUUGGUGAUGGUGGGCAGAGGUGGUAUGUGGCAUGUAGUAGGCUGGGGCGGUGUUUGCAGGCACUGGGGCAGUGACCUCAGUGAAGGUGCAGAGUGGUUUUGUAAGAGAAGGGGUGCCUGGGAGAGGAGGUAGAAGAAGUGGGGAGUGAGCAGCCUGACCUGGCUGACCUUAGCAGCUAUUCCCAGUGGAAUACCAGACCACUUCUCAGGAAGUACUAUGGUUGCACCAAGAGGGGAUCCCGAUGUGGCUAUGCCCCAGGGAAAGGAUGUACCCUACUGGAUUUGUAGGUGUAGUGGUGAGUGUUUAGCUUCCUUAUCCUGCCUGAGUUGGGCACUUGGGAAGUGGGCUAUUCUUGAACCCCAGCUUGAAUCCCACUGCCUGCAGUUGUGAGCAGCGGUGCCUGACUGCUCCAUGGGGUGGGGAGAUGGCACCUUGUCUUGCUGACCAGCUCUGCUCAGUGUGCCCCUUCUUUUUACUGUGGAUUUUACACCUGUUUUUUCACUCUUUUGUAGAUGCAAUUCUCUUCCAAUAAAAGUAGUUCUUGCUGUGCACCUGCUUUUGUCUGCUGAGCCACUCCAUGCUGACAGCAAGCAUAUCCACAUUUGAUGUGUGUUUGCAGUUACAUCAGGCAGAGCUUGCUCUCUGAUUCAGAGUGUAAGGCAACGAGCCCAUGAGCACUGAGCCCUGUCCUGUAGGGCUUGAGAGAGACCAGGCUCUCUGGUGGUGGGGGACAGGAAUGAUGUUGGGGCUGAUGCCAGGGGAAGGUGGGGCAGUGGAGGUUCCCCAUACAUGGGAAUGCAGGGAAUGCAUGACCUUCCCUACUCUUUGCUCCCUGAAGGCUGUUCAGUUAAUGACUGAGCUCUGAACAGGAAGGGCUUUGUGCAGUCACAGCUGUGGUCACUGCCCUGUGAAAAAACAUAGGCAUUUCCUGCCUGUGGUGCCAUGGGAAGCUUCCCACCCACAGUGGCAGCUCUCAUCCCUGCCAUCCUUGUCCAGGUUGCAGGAUUCAGCACCAAGACUCCUACCUACAUUGGGUAUGUGGUAGUCCUACAUCAGAGACAUCCAUGGCAUGGGCACACUGCCUAUGGAGGGAAUGUCAGGACCUGGAUAAGUGUUAAUGGGGCCCUCAUUCUGACCACUGACAUCAGAGUGUGGGUCUGUUGGCUGAGUAUUAGCAGCUGCGAGGAACGCAGAUGACGAACAUUCUCCCUGCCAACAAAUGUCAAAUCCCUAAACAUUUCACUCAGUUAAUAUCUAUUUGCCAGCUAGCAAACACCGUGAGCAGCAGAGCAUAGAUUUGAGCUCAGUUUCUUUCCUUCCUCAAGUAAUACAUGUGUGGCAAGAUAGGAUUGACUGUUUCCAUUGCAUGUCUUUCCGUUUGCAUUUCAACCUCACAAUAUUAUGAAUCAGUUUUACUAUCCUAAUUUGAAAUGAGAACUAGCCCUUCUUAAGAGAACUCUUCCCGCUCUUAAUUAUCUUAGCUGGAUUUUGCCUAGAUUCUCACAAAAUAUUCUUCUCAUGUCUGCAUUCUUCCAUCUAUUCUUUCAUGUUGGUCUCGUUUGUGCACGCAUGUCAUAGGUUAAAGGAACACAUCCUUGUAAGCACAACUUUUGGAUGACUUGUUGCAGAGAAAAGGAUGCUGUGGGACUAACAUUGAUUUAGAGUGUUCGGUUUGUCUCAUUAAACAGCAUUUGGCCCCCACUGGUCCUAAAUAAAUGGUUAAUUUUUGUAAUGGAAUUUUA